AGUUAUGUUCAAACAUUCAGUUUGUGCCGACGUGAAGCGAACAGCGGCCUUUAUGUAACCGUCAAUAAAAUAAUAAUUCAUAACACAGUCCAGGAGGGAGCACAUCAGUGUCACCCCAAAUUAUAUGUUGUAUUAACUUUAAUCUAUGCCAAUAUCAAGACUGAAAUUUAGUUAUAGUGUGUCGUGAGAUCGAUUUUAAUGUUAUCCUUGAGACAAAAACAUAAUUUAAGAAAAAAACCUUUUCUCCGUCAUUCAAAGAGUAAUUUUUUUUGUUCGCAAACACAAAAAAAGUGAAUUCGAAUCGAUUUUUCUAUUUCAAUCACAUGCUAGCGCAGAAAUUGAUUUCAAAGUGCAUUUUAUGUUAGUGUUGCAUGUUUAACAAAAUAAUAUGAUUUGAUGAACAAGUUGUUCGGAAUAAUAUAGCGCGCAAGUGAAAAAUAAAAAAAAUAAAUUGCGGAUACCUCCCAUUUAUGGAUUAACAGCAAUUCAUGCACAACGUUACGUACAAUAUCUAUCUGAGUUGAACGGACACCGAAAUAAUUUCAGAAAAUUCUCAUAAAAGGAAAAUGCGUCUGAAACAAUAAUCAAAAAAUGGCGUCGCAAGUCGAAACACCUUACACAGAGGAAAUUGAAUCUCCAAAUAUCGAAACAUCCACAUUCGAUGCAGCCAAGACAACGAUCAACAGUGAACCAGCCGAAAAUAAAGACAACAAAGAUGUACCCGAAUUUAAGAACAUUGUGAGAAAAUUGUGUUACGGAGAUGGAAAUGACAGUGGAGUGGAAUGUGUGGCUGGCGCUUUACAGCGAGCUCUCAGUAGUAAUAGUGGAGGAUAUGCAAGUAGCGGUGGAUUGGAUGAAGCCGCCGGUAAUGGAUCGUGUGCGUCAAGUAUGAUAAGUUGCUGUUCAGAUACUUGUGAACCCAAACCUACAAAUAUAAAUGACUGCACAAGUGAGGUAGGCAGCGAAAGCUCAUCGGUUACUGGUAUUCCAUGUGAGCGUAAACAGUCAGUGAUCAAAAAGAAAGUUGCACUUACUGAGCCUAAUAUAGUAAAGUCAGGCAAAAAGGAUGAUAAUUCAGUUGCCAGAUCUCGUUCACGAGCUGCUUCUGCUAACCGAGCUGCAGUAUCCGGAUCACAAAUUAUAUCGGAUAGAGCUAGAUCUAGAGAUAAAAUGACUUCAUCAACCAUGUCGAUAUCAAAGUCUGUUACCCCGCAAAAUCGAUCUACGCCAGUAAAACGGUCACAUAUUCCCGAUUCAUUACCAAGUGGCUUAAAGGAGCCUUCUACUCCAGCCAUUCAACGUGUUGUUGGAUCAAGGACACCAUCUUCUUCUCGAAAUCGUACACCAGUAACUCCUACAAUUGAAGACGGCAGGUGGCCAUCUACCGGAACUAAAGCAACGGGAACAGCAAAAGCUAGUCGUGCAGGAUCAGCUACUCCUGAAAAUAUUGUUGUUAAAACGAGAGUUGGCCUGCUCAAUUUAGAUCUCAAAUCACCUACAGCUGACAAAUUUGCUACUCUUCCAAGAAGACGCAGAGAAAAGUCGAGUGACGACCUUUGUUCGAACGCUAGAAGUAGCUCAGUGCAAAGAGAGAGAAUGACAUCAUCGGUAGUUAGAAGACAGCAAUCGUUGCGAGAAUCACCUUCGACCCGUACACUUUCGCUACCCCGAAGAAGUAAAACUAUUCCAAGAACGAAAAUUUAUCAUGAAACUACUGUCCAGACAGCAAUUACUGGUAAAGACAUUGAGGACGCUUUCGGGGGAGUUAAAAAGGACAUCAACGUCGAAUCCAUUGAGACUCGUAAUAAGUCUAGUCAGGUGGAUAUCAGGGACAAGGAAAUUGAACUCUUACAAGAGCAAAUCCGAAAAUUAACUGAAGAUUAUUCGAACCUACAAGGACAAUUAAAUGAACGAUCUGAGACACUCACCAGUGUUGAGCAACAACUGAACCGAGAAAGAGAGGAAAAACAAGCUAUGACCAAAGAGUUGCAGAGCAACACCGAACGUGUCCAGGGACUAUUGUCCUUAGUAAAGGUUGAAGCACCCCAAGAAGAAAAUGGUGACAGCUUGUUAAUGUUGGAAUCUCAAAUACAACUGUCGGGCUAUGAACUGGAAUUGAAACAACAAGAGGUCGACAAACUGAACCGUUUCUGUGAGGAGUUACAAAGUGAAAUGCACAAAUCGGUUAGGGUACAUCAGACGUUGCUAGAAGAGAAGGAGUGUGCUGAAAAGGAAUCAAACGAAUUGCAAGAUUUCUUGCAUGAUGAAAAAGCAGCUCUUGUCGACGCAUUGAAAGAAGCAGAAAUUGAGGUUGAACGUUUGAAGCAGAGUUAUGCCCAUAAGGACGUCGACAUUGAACGAUUGCAAGAAGAAUGCAGGCAUCUAGUUCGCAUCAGCGAACAGAGACGUCAGGAAUAUUUGGGUAUGCAAACGAAGUACAAUGCUUUGGAACAACGUAGCAAAGAUUUGGUGAUUCAACAAAGUUCAGCUGUGUCGGGAGCAACUUUAGCUUUGGCUGGUCUUGGAUCCAGAUUAGAUAGUCUUGUGGAACAGCUUAUUGCAUCGUACAACAUUUCGGAACAAGAACUAGAGGACGUAAUCUACCACAACGAAGCAUAUACUAAUAGUGGCAAUUGUAGUGCUGAUGGCAGUCCAGAAUUCGAAACGGCAACCGAAUCAAAACUAUUGAGCGAUGGUUCACUAUCACCUCAACGUCAUCAGUCAUUUAUCGUUGCUGUAAUUAAUGCUAUAAAAAGUGCUGCUAAGCAUACCGUUAACCGGAAGGAACCACCUUCGAUUGCGCCCGUAUCACAAGCGGACAACGAGUCUGACUCAACGGAAAUGUUAGAUUCCGAAACCGAACCCUGCUUGAUGAUGGAAAAUGUGCUGGAGGAUGUUACGAUGCCCGAUUCCCAUUCGCAUAACAUGGUAUCGUCUACCGGUUUGAUGCUAUCGUCGCAGAUUGACAUUAAAACGGAUGCGGGUAUGGACAGGGAAGAGGAGUCCAUCUUCAAUUUAUCGCAAGCGAUAGCCAAUCGACAAAAAAUCGAACAACAGACGCAUUUGAUUAUGAGGUAUGAUCAGGAUCGAAAUUUUCACCAGAUUAAUUCUGAAUCUAAAUCUGAUAAAUUGUUCUUCAGACAUAAUUCCGAACACAGUACUUCCGACGAUAUUAGCGUCCAUGAUUCGAUAGCUGAAAUGCCGUCAAUCGCUGAAUAUUAUUCCGCACAAUCAUUGGUUGAUCAAGUUAUUGAUGUUGAUAAUUUGGUAACGAAACUGUUGAAGGUGCUACGCAUAAUUCAAAUGGACAACGACAAUUGCGUUCAGCAAUUAAUUGGUGACAAAAAUAAAUUACAAUUAAACAAGGAGGAAUUGCUAGAGAAACUUAGAGACUGGGAACUGGUAAAUGCAAAAUUGAAAACUGAGCUGGAGGAUGCAUCGCACCAAUUGAUUGUGAAUGGUAGCGAUUUGGCCAAUAGCAAAUUGGAAUUACAACGCCAUCGAAAUGAGAUAGAUAGACUUAACAUAGACAUUUGCAAUUUAAGUACACUCUGUAGCCAGCACACCACCAAAUCCUUGCAGCACGAUGAUAUUUUGAAGGCACUGAAAGGAUGGCAAGAGAAUCGUGAUAUUCCUGAAUCUGAUCUUAUCUCACACAUUGUAGCCGCUUGCCAAGAGAUUCCACAUCUUAAGGAGCAGCUGUUAAACAAGGAGCGCGAAUUAAAUGAUUUGACUAAUAAUCAGUCUCGUCCUAUGUUCGUCGGUAACUGGAAAGAAGCAGUUAUCGAAACAAAGAGGCAGUAUGAAGCCAUCGAUCGGGCGUUAGAGACGCUAAACAACAUUCAGUCAAUGGUUGACGAAUGUCCAGCUCUUCGUGAACUCCAACGCGAUCUGGAAGAAACUAAUUUUCAUUCGGCUACCACCAUUUCCGUAUACACAGCUUCACUGCUAGCAGCUAACUCCAAUAACGGACACAAUCAUUCAUCUGCCGAUUGCAAUGCUAAUGCAUCUAAUAAUGGUAUUCAAUUGACUAAUUGCAAUGGCGAUGCAGCCGGAAAUACGAUUGAUUCAACAGCUUAAUGUAGACACAUUGAAAAUUACGAAUUUUCGCCAUGAUUAAUAGAGAUUAAGUUUGAGAGAAAGCAUGUAAAAUAUGAAUUCGUAUUGAAAUAAGGUUUAAAAAAAUGAGAAAAAUUGAAAUGUUGUGAUUCUAGCAGUAAGAAGAAAAUGAUAAAUAGACGACUCCUGAAAAGUUAUG